AUGCUACCCAUAAAACCAUCUUCUGUGACUGGAUUCAUCAACGGAAUAUUCGUGGGCAAACAACCAUGGCAAAUAUCUGCAACAACAGCUAUCUCCGUAAUAGCCGGAUUAUGGAUCUGGGAUAUGCUGACUGAUUCUGAAAGUAUCUACGAAAAAGGUAAAAGACAAGUAUUCCGUUUGGCGAAAAAAAUCCCCUAUGUUGCUGAAAAGAUCCGAGUGGAAGGCGAAAACGUUCUUCGUGUGUUUGAAAACGAGAUGGCAGAGGCUAAUAAAAACCUCGACUAUUGUCUCAAGCUACCACAGACAAGGACAGAUACUGUACAGAUUCUGAAUGCCGUUCGAGAUCAUCUAGGAACUAGCAAAUACAACUGGAAGAAAGGUUACGUAUCCGGAACUGUGUAUUAUUACGAUGAAAAAUUGAACGAUUUGAUGGCUGAAGUAGUGAGAAUCUCGUGCUAUGCCAAUCCAUUGCAUCCCGAUGUGUUCCCUGGUGUAUGUAAAAUGGAAGCUGAAAUCAUCAAAUGUGCAGUUGAUCUGUUUCAUGGAACCGAAGAUGGAUGUGGAGUGAUGACUUCAGGAGGCACAGAAUCCAUAAUAAUGGCUUGCAAAGCAUACAGAGAUUACGCCAAAGAGACACGAGGCGUAAAAAGGCCGGAAAUCGUUCUACCCAGGACGGCUCACGCGGCCUUUGACAAAGCAGGUUCGUAUCUGGGUAUGCGACUGAAACAUAUUGAUGUAGAUAGUCACACAAUGAGUGUAAAUAUAUCGGCAAUGAAGAGAGCCAUCACUAGAAACACAGUUAUGUUGGUCGGUUCUAGUCCGAAUUUCCCUUAUGGUACGAUCGACAACAUCGAAGAAAUAGCCAAACUAGGGCUCAAGUAUAAUAUACCAGUUCAUGUGGAUUGCUGCUUGGGUAGCUUUAUAGCUGCAUUUAUGCCAGAAGCUGGCUUCAAAGUUCCUCCUUUUGAUUUUGGUGUAGCUGGCGUUACCAGUAUGUCCGUUGAUACUCACAAGUACGGAUUUGCUCCCAAAGGAACAUCGUUGGUGUUGUAUUCGAAACCGGAGUACAGAAGGUGUCAAUAUUAUACAAGUUUAUCGUGGCCUGGUGGUCAUUAUGGGUCUCCUAGUGUCAGUGGAUCGAGAUCUGGAGCUGUCAUCGCCGAAUGCUGGGCAACGAUGAAGUACUUCGGAAAAGAAGGCUACAUAGAAGCAACCAGGGAAAUCGUUUCAGUCUCAAGAUACAUAGAAGAAGGAUUGAGACAAAUAGAAGGUAUCUUUGUCUUUGGUCAACCUUUCUCAACUGUGAUAGCCGUUGGCUCAGAACAAUUCCACAUCUACAGACUUUCUCAAGCAUUGAGUGACAAAAAAUGGAACUUGAAUAUGUUACAGUUUCCUUUCGGAUUCCAUAUUUGUAUUACUCAACUGCAUACUGCUCCUGGAGUCGCUGAUCAGUUUUUGAACGAUGUUAAGGAAGCUGUCGAAGAAAUCUUGAAGAAUCCUGAUGUUAGUCUUAGUGGCAAAGGUGCGGUGUAUGGGAUGUCAGCUUCGGUACCAGAUCGAUCAAUUGUCGGUGACUUCACUAAAUUCUACAUCGACGCUUUAUUUUACACACCAAAGAAUACCAAUUGAAUAAUUCUUUAACGUUGCUUUUUGUUAUGUGAUUUAUAAUUAACUGUGUUAUACUAACGAGUAAAUACGUUUAUUGCAUUUA